AUGGCCUGGGGUGGCGCUAUGAAUGAGGUCGGGGCAAGGGUCACCAAGAUGGUUACCAAACGUUAUGCCGACCUCCAGGAGAAGCCAGACGCGGUAUUUUAUGUCAUCGACGCCUCUCGUACACCACAGCAGAGAUCGCCCGCUCGGGUUGUGCAGCAGAUGGUUGCUUUGCAGUUUGCGUCUGCUCAUCAGCUACCUAUGGCUCUUGCGUGGGCCAUUAUUAUGCUUUGCAAGCAUAAUGGGUAUAUUGACAUGCUACGAGAAGAAAUACAAGAAUCCAAAGAGGCUGGUGGUUUGGUAUCGACCUCGAAAUUACGUUUGAUGGAUUGCUUUUUGCGGGAGACAGCUAGGCUUAAUCCACUAGAUGGCUUAUCUAUCCAGAGAAAGGCCGUCAAACCUUUCACAUUUGCUGAUGGGUCGCACAUACCAGCUGGAAACUUAUUGGCUGUUCCUCAAGAAGCUAUAUUGAGAGACAAACGUUAUUACCCGAAUCCGGGCAGUUUUGAUCCUUGGAGAUUUUAUAGUCCAGCAGACUCGGACAAGGCAAUCGUCAGGUUCACAGACGUUAACUGGAAGUUUCCCUUCUGGGGAUCGCCAACUCAGUCAUGCCCUGGACGAUGGUAUGCGUCGGACGUCAUUAAAUAUGCUCUAGUACACUUGUUGGAGAACUACGAUAUGGAACCUGUGAACCCCAUUUAUAGGCCUAUGAUUUGGACGACGGCAAUCGCUCCUAGCCUCACUAUGAGAGUCAUGCUAAAGCCAUGUGCAACAUCAUAUGGGAAAUAA